AUGAGUAUGCUCAUUUCGCGUGUGUCCGACUUUGUAGUAAAAGAGUUCUAUACGGCUAUUCUUGUCCAUGACAAGGAUAUUUCUCGUCUUAUGGUUCAUGCCCAACAGAUUGAAAAGGAGAAACUUAAGGAGAGAUCUAGGGAGAACAAGAGGCCUAGAAACGGUGAUGCUAAUUUCUCUCAUACUAGGUCUGAUGGACAUGGUCGUCCUAGAUUCAACAAGGAAAAGGUGUCUAACCCUAAACCUCAAGGAGGUGGUAAUGGGUCUUCUUUGCCUAAUUGUGCUAAGUGUGGAAGAAAUCAUGAAGGUAUAGAGGGUUCCAAUGCUUGUUUUGGUUGUGGUAAGAUGGAUCACAAGAUAAGAGAUUGUACUACAGUUUCUAAGAAGGAGGGAGAUAGUCGUCGUAGGGCUCAACCCUAUCCUUCAUCCGGUCCAAGUGGCUCGGGUUUGAAUGCUCCUAAGAAAAAUAGGUUCUAUGCUCUUCAAACUCGUGGUGAACAAGAGGGUUCUACCUAUGUGGUUACCAGUAUGAUGAAAAUCUUUCAACUUGAUGUCUAUGCUUUAUAG